AUGUCGGACCCGGACAUUUCUGUAGCCAGCCUACAAGAACUGGUCCGAGGGUCUCAAUUACCGACGACUUUCGAGUCCAAUGGCCAGCUCAUCAUCCACGCCCGCUCAGCACGUCGCCGAGCGGCCCAGGAGAAAUGGAUGAUCAAAAAGAGGCUUGGUAGCGGAGGCCAGGCCUACAUCGACCUCCAAGAGAGAAUUACUGCUGGAUCUGGCUCUCCGCAGCUGCGUGCCGUUAAAAAUCUCAAAAUACCUGACGGUCGUCGAGAGGGGAGCCGGGAGCUCUACCAACGUGAGCUAGAAGCCAUCGCCAAGUUCUCUCAAGCAAAGUUCAUCCAUAUCGCUAUGGAGUAUUGUGAAUUAGGAGACCUUGAUAAAUACGUAUGCAACCCGAACAACUGUCCGGAUCGUCGAUUACCUGAGUCCGAGGUGCAUGAAAUCUCAUCGCAAAUCCUCGAGGCUUUAGAUGUUAUGCACCGGGAGUCUUUCUGCCAUAGGGAUCUGAAGCUUGCGAAUAUUCUCAUUGUGAGCACAACUCCUUCUUGGUGGGUGAAGCUGGCAGAUUUCGGUUUGACGAGGAGGAACGAGGCCACCAUGCCCGAAACCACGGCGAUACGUGGAACUCCAAACUACAUGCCACCAGAGCUUCUUGGAUAUAACGGAAACGGAAAGAAAGCAGACCAAUACGCCGUAGAUAUGUGGUGUCUAGGCCAAUGCGUCUUCAGACUCUUCACCGGAACACCCGUAUUUACAAACCCUCACCAUCUCUUCCAGUACUCCUACGGCUAUGAGAGCUUCCCGGGGUUGCCGUUGCAUAAACACGACGCAAGCGAAAGUCUAAUUGAUUACAUAAAAAAACUUGUUGCAGUUGACCCCAGCGAGCGUUUAUCCUCGGCGAAAGCAUUGAACCAUCCUUGGAUCACAUCAGGGUUCUCUAACAACGAACCCCACCAUACACCACUCUCUCAAGAUUAUUCUACGCAGGAGAACACAGAAGCUUCCGCAGUCUGGCCAGAGGAAUCAUCAGAUGCUGUAGAGUCUCAAGAGACUAGACAAUAUGGUUCUGGGCAUUCGCCUGGCCCAAGCGUGGAGGAGGAGCCAUCAGCUGCAUGGACUGCAGACGAGACUGUAAAAACUGCCUUUAGGGUUGAAAUUACCGAACCGGACCAAGAAAUUCCUCGCACUUUGGUGGAAGGGGAUCUGACCGCUACCUGGGAGGCGGGCGAGACAGUCCAAACCAACCUCAGCAGCGAUGGAUGUGGUCAAGAACCCAACAUAGCUAUAACUGAUGGUCCAACGCCUUAUACGGUACUAACCGCAGAAAAGCACAAAGUGGCUGGGAAUGUGUUCUUCAGAGAGAAGAAUUAUGACAAGGCUGUUGAGGAAUACAGCAAAGCGGUUGAAAUGUUCCCUUCCUCGUCGACGUAUCUAGGCAACCGAGCUGCUGCCUUGAUGUCAAAUGGGAAACACAACGAGGCUUUAGCGGACUGCUUAAAGGCCCUGGAGGUCGUCCCUGAUAGCAGAAAGCUACUCUUGCGCCUGGUCCGCAUUUAUACGUCACUGGGUGAUGCUCAUGAAGCCGUCCGCACGUUAUCACGUAUCAAGAACCCUGGCCCUACAGAGAAGGAGGCCAUGAAAGCAAAUGCGAUGCUGCGUGAUCACAAGCUUGCGAUGGACUUGAUUGGACAAAGUUCCGUUGAGAGCAUGAGGUUGGUAAUCAGCGCACUGGGCAGGGCCAGGCAGCAUCAAUCUCCCUCAGCUCUCAUACCUUGGAAUUGGCAGGUUCCCCUGGCCCUAGCUCAUCUGAAUUUACAUGUCCUGGAGUUGGACACCGAGAAGCGAUCUGCUUACCUAGAAGAAGCCAAAAGCGCAAUCGACUCCAUACGUGCCACGGACGAGGAUCACAGUGACGCAUUGUUCUUGUAUGGGCGCCUGUUAUAUUCCCAGGGACAAGACGAGAAGGCCAUCCAAAUGCUGGAAAGCGCAACUCGAGCCUCUUCUUACUGUUCCACUAGCCAGAGUUGUGUAACCUGCAGAGACGGAAUUAAAUGGCUUGGUAUUGUACGGGAACUCUCUCAACUGAAAGAACGAGGGAAUAAUGCGUUCAAGAUACACGAUUGGGUGACAGCCAAGGACUUUUACAACAGAGCAUUGGAGGUCGAUACAACCAACAGACUAACCAACGCGAAGCUCUACCAGAAUAGAGCUCGGUGUUACAUCAAGUUGGGUAUGUACGACAUGGCCAUGGACGACUGCACGAAGGCAAUUAAUCUUGAUGCCACCUACGUCAAAGCUCGGGCAACUAAGGCAACCGCCACUGGGCUCUCUGGAAACUUACGUGGAGCCUUGGAAGAAUGGAAAUUGGUGCGAGAAAUGAGUCCCGAAGACUCUCAGGCCAUCAAAAAUAUUCAAAGCCUUGAACUACAGCUAGCCGACCCCCAGAGAGUCAUCCUCGAAAAAAGGAAGGCAAAAUACGGAGCGGAUCACCCCUUAACCAUCCAGGCCAUGGAAAGCCUUGCUGAAUCGCUGUGCAUCCAAGAAUUAUUUCAAGAGGCUGUGGCGGUCCAAAAGGAGAUCUUGGAGAUUGAAGUGAAGAGGGCGGGCACCAAGAAAGAUGAGAGGGUUCUCAGUAUUAUGCACAGUAUCGGCUGUAACCUGGCGAGUGCGGACAAGUACCAAGAGGCGAUGCCGAUAUGUCGUGAGGUGUUUGAGUUGAGACAAGAACACUCGGGCCUCGAAAACGCUAGUACUAUCGUAAGCAUGCACAAUUUAGGCUCUGUCAUGUUAUCGCUUAGACAGAAAGCGGAUGCAGAGCCCCUAUUCAGGAAAGCCUUGGCUCUAUCCCAGAUCACAAGGGGGGACAAGGAUGAAAUCACGAUCGGAUGCAAGCACUAUCUUGGCAUGAUAUAUUCUGACGAUUCUAGGUAUGAAGAAGCCUUCUUCCACCUACGAGACGUAUUGGAAUGGAAAAAGAGAUAUGGUGGAGAGGAGGAUCUGGGAACAGUACAGGUAAUGCAUGACGUCGGUAACGUCCUCAAUCGACUCGGAAGGGCUUCGGAGGCAGAGCCCUUCCUUCGAGACGCCGUUCGACUGAGAACUAAGCAACUGGGCACGGCCCAUCAAGAUACGCAGGACAGCAUUAGGGCUCUGUCUUUAGCAUUGGCUAAACUUGGAUUAUCAGAAUAG